UAUAUUGAAAUUUGCUGAAAAAGUGCAUUUCUCCCCGCACGCGAGACAAGGGAUUCGACAAGUUCAGGGUCCAGGUUAUGAUGUUUGCAAUUGCAGACCAGGUGGCUAGUGGUUUCUCAUCGGCUAUUAUUGAACACACCACUGACAAGAUAAUAAACUUCCUCGAGAGCAAUUACGAUCUGAGUCAUGCUACUGAAGAGCUUCUCAACAAACUCAGCUCACGCCUCACUAUGGUAAAGGCUAUUGCUGAGGCAGCAGACAACCAGCUCAUUGUCAGCCCUAGUCUUGCCAAGUGGUUAAGGAACCUUCAUGAUGCUUCAUAUGAAGUGGAGGAUGCGCUUGAUGGAAUUGACAGUCAUGAAGUACUGACUGGAAAACGCAAGCUGAACGAGCUCAUAUCAUCAUCUGUUAGAAUCAUUAAAAGUUUGAUUGUACCCAAUGAGACCACAAAAAUGCUUGAGUGUGUUGUGCAAAAGUUGGACCACCUUUGUGCAACGUCUGGCACAUUUGUUGAGCUGGUGAAGCAGAGUAAUUCUAUAGCCAUGAAGGAGGGAAUCGCGGGAGAGACUACUUCUCGUCUUCCAGUUGAUGUCAAGGUAUUUGGACGUGAUGAAGUUUCGGAGUUAAUACUAAAAGUUAUUCUGGGUUCAUCUGGAACUGAAGCAGAAUCUAGCAGUGGACGAGAAAAACUUGUGGGAAGGUGCCGCAUUGGUGGUAUUGAUGUUCUUCCGAUUGUUGGUAUGAGCGGGGUUGGGAAGACAACCCUUGCUCAAGUCAUUUACAAUCAUCCAAAUGUGAAGGAACACUUCUGUAAGAGAGCAUGGGUGUAUGUUUCAAAGCAUCUCAGCAUAAAGAGGACAUUGCAAGAGAUGUUAUGCUCUUUUAAAGGGAAUGAUUCAUCUUUUGAUUACAGUGAUAGUUUGGAAACAACUAUCAACAAUAUUCAAAAUGUCAUCCCACGGGAUGGAAGAUUUGUUCUUGUGCUAGACAGUGUUUGGGAUGACAUGUGUGACCAUUGGAAUAUUUUGCUCACUGCCAUAGCCUGCGAAGUGCCAGGAAGUGUAGUUCUUGUAACAACACAAAGCAAAAGUGUUGCAGACAGAGUAUCAACAAUGUGUCAAGUUCCACUAGCACCUUUGCCAUGGGAGAGUUUUUGGCCACUUUUCCAGUAUUAUGCAUUUGGAAUUACUAGUGUUGUUGCUAUGAGCAGCAGCCACACCCUUCUUCUAAUUGGUAAGGAAAUAGCACAAAAACUAGGAGGUAUGCCAUUAGCAGCAAAAGUAAUAGGAAGUUUAUUGAGAUCUAGAUUAUCUGUAGAUCAGUGGAGAUGCAUCCUGGAGAGCGAUUGGUGGGAUCUUACUGAAGUUUUACAUGGAAUCCUUCCGUAUAUGGGAGUGAGUUAUCAGAACCUACAACACAGACAGAGACGUAGCUUUGCUUUUUGUUCUAUCUUUCCACACAAUUACUUGUUUGAUAAAAAAAGAUUGGUCAAUAUGUGGAUUUCUCAUGAUUUUAUCGAGCACAACAGAUUUGAUGGCACCAGAUUAGAGGAUGUUGGAAGUAAAUUGUUUGAGGAACUUGUUGAAAGGUCAUUUUUCCAGCCCACAUUUGAUAACAAGAUGUACACUAUGCAUGAUCUAGUAAGGGGUCUGGCCAUUGCUGUUUCUUCACAUGAGUACUUUCUCCACAAAGGAACAUCACAGAUAGCAUCACCCACUGUUCGCCACUUGGCUGUGCAAGUUGGUACUCAACUGCACAUUCCUGAACUUAACAAGUACAAAAAUUUGCGGACAAUCUUACUAUUUGGUCAAUGUGAUAGUGAUGAAAUUUGUGAUGUUCUUGACACCAUGUUAGCAAAUUCAAGAAGCAUUCGAGUGUUGGACUUAUCUUAUUUCAAGGUGCUUGGAAAAAUCCUACCAAACAUUUCAUCCCUGAGAAAAUUGAGGUUCUUUGAUCUCUCUUUCACAAGAAUCAAUAAUUUGCGCAACUUCCCUUGCAAUCUCAAAGUUCUGUAUCUCCGUGGGUACAGACAUGAUUCUAUUCCUCACAGCAUUAAUAAGCUUGUCAACUUACAACACUUGUAUGUUGAUGCGACAGCUCUCUCUAGGAUUCCAUUUAUUGGACAACUAAGCCAACUUCAAGAACUGGAGAGCUUUAGUGCUGGAAAGAAACCUGGAUUCAUGAUCAAUGAAUUGAAGAACAUGCAAGAGCUAACAGGUAAACUUAGCAUCAACAAUAUCCACAUCAUUAAGAAUGUUCAUGAGGCAAAGGACGCCAAUAUGAUUGAGAAGAAACAUGUUGAAUCCUUGGAGUUAAAGGGGAAAAUUGUAUUGAGGGAUGUAUUGGAAGGAUUGCAGCCACACCGUAAUUUGCAAGAGCUCAAGAUUGAAGGUUAUGGGGCCAGAAUAUUCCCAGACUGGAUGUUACAAGGCCAUGUCUUCACAAAUCUUCAGUCCCUUCAUGUUGUAAACUGUCGAUUUUUAGAGGUACUUCCGCCAUUUGGAAAAUUCCAUUCACUCAAGAAUCUCACUCUUGAUAGCUUGCCAUCAGUGAAGCAUGCUGAUGGAGCAUCCUUUGGUUGUCUGCAAAAUUUGGAGGAGUUCAAAGUUUCUUCAAUGAGAGCAUGGAUAGUCUGGUCACAUGUAGAAGAGGAUCAUGGUCCCUUCCUUCCACACGUCAAAAAAUUUCAGCUUCUGAAUUGCCCUGUACUAGAAGAAGUGCCCUACCUAUCAUUCAUGUCUUCCCUGUCAGAACUUGAUAUUUCAGUUUGUGGGAACUAUGCCAAAGCACUACCACAAUGUGCACAACUCAUGGCAUGUCUCAAAACAUUAAGGAUAGCUGACUGCAAUCAAGUACUCCAACUCUCUGGUCAUCAUUUCAAGUUACUAGAGUGUCUAAAAAUCGAAAAUUGUGUUGGGCUACGUUUGGUUGAUGGAAUAUGCUCCUUCUCCAACCUUAGGAAAGUGGGGAUUUCUGGUUGUCCUGAUAUUCUUAUGGAAGUAUCAGACCAGUCAACUAGACAAGAUGAGCAAGGUUCACUCCAUUUAAUAUCUCUAUGCACAGAUGUCAGCUUAUUACAUGGAAAUUGCUUUGUGCCCUCAUUGCGAAAUGUAAUGAUCACUUACUUGGAGGCUGAUCAUUUUACUGUGGAGCAGGCAGAAUGGUUUGGGAAACUAAUAUCUGUAGAAUGUCUUGAUUUUAUAUACUGUUUUUUUCUUGGAGGACUCCCUUCAACACUAGGCAGACUUACCUCCUUGAGGGUACUUAAAAUUGUGAACUCACAGAAAGUGUUACCGGGACAAGGAACUGUGCCAGCGAACCUCCAGGAACUGAUUCUAGAGGGUUAUGCACUUGAUUGGGAAGAUAAGUUCAAGCCUGGAGGGUCGGAAUGGUUAAACAUUUGCCAUGUUCCGUACAUUCGUCUUAAUGGGAAGACUAUCCAAAAUCUGUCAACUGAUGCUGCUUCAUCAUCCCAAAACCAUCAAAUUUGAAAGCAUGCAUUUGGUCCUAGAUAGUGAAAGAAGCCAAUCAUGAGUGGAAGGCAUACUACUUUUCAUGUCUAGGUUUCAAUCAUACAAUGCCCAAUGGAAGAUGUGUUAUUGAGAGAGUGGGUCCACGGAUAAUUUUAACUACUCUUUUGAAGUUGAAGAAGUGCAUGAUACAGA